ACGGCCCAAAACGGCCCACCGGUGGCGCGAGUCAUUAAGAAGUAAGAAUUGCCGCCGUCAUCGUACUCUUCUUCUUCUUCUUCCUCUUCCUCUGUCUUCCCGCCGCAAACUCUCGUCUCCAACAAACGUAUCCAUGGCGCCGUUCCCAUUUCUCAAUCUAUCCGGCGCUACGUCAUGCGGACUCUGCCCUUUAUUGAAUAAAUGAAAAGAACUUAUCCCAAUUUUCCCGCCAUGUCUUUCUCUUCAACUCCGGCUCGACUAACCCUGCUCGCUCUCCUCUCGGCCACCUCCAUCUACUGCUUCUACAGGUCUCGCCGUCUCAAGCUACUCAAGCUCUCCGUAAACGCUAACCUUAUUCCUCAGUCCAAUGGUCACCCUGAUGUUUCCUUGAAGAGAGGGAAGCUCUUCUUCGUCACCCAAACCGGGACUUCCAAAACCCUAGCUCACCAGCUCCACGGUCUCCUGACCUCUAGCGGGAUCCCGUUCGCACUUGUCGACGUGAAAAGCUACGAGCCGGAGGAUCUGGCUAAGGAGAGUCUAGUUUUGAUUAUUGCUUCCACUUGGGAAGACGGGAAGCCGCCGGCGGAUGCGAAAUUCUUUGCCAAUUGGCUCGCUGAAAGCGCCGAUGAUUUCAGAGUCGGCUCGCUGCUGCUUUCUGAAUGUAGAUUCGCGGUGUUUGGAGUUGGGAGCGGAGCUUAUGGCGAUUCAUAUAAUGCGGUCGCUAGAGAUUUCAGCAGACGGUUCAGAGGAUUAGGUGGCAAUGAGAUUUUGCCGAUUGGGGAAGGCGAUGUCGAUGGUGGGGAGCUGGAUAGCGCUUUUGAGGAAUGGAGCAGGAAGAUCGUCAAGGCAUUGAAGGGAAGUGGGUUGGAGAAUGGGGUCAGUGCUGAGCAGAGCUUCAAUGAUGGAAUUGGUGACGAAUUCUACAGUGAUGAAGAUGAGGAGGAGGAGGAGGAUGACCUGGAAUCGGUGGUCGUUGAUCUAGAGGAUAUAGCAGGGAAAGCCCCAUCAAAGAAAUCUGGUGGUGCAGUCACUCAAACUAAUGGGAAACUGAGCAAUGGCCCUAAAGAAAUGGUGACUCCUGUGAUUAGAGCAAACUUGGAAAAACAGGGUUACAAAAUCCUUGGCUCGCAUAGUGGUGUUAAGAUCUGUAGAUGGACUAAAUCUCAGCUCAGAGGUCGAGGAGGUUGCUACAAGCAUUCAUUCUAUGGGAUAGAGAGUCAUAGGUGUAUGGAGGCCACUCCAAGUUUGGCUUGUGCCAACAAGUGUGUCUUCUGUUGGAGGCACCACACGAAUCCUGUAGGAAAGAGCUGGCAGUGGAAGAUGGAUGACGCUUUGGAAAUUGUUAAUUCUGCCUUAGAUCAGCAUAGAAAGAUGAUCAAGCAAAUGAAAGGAGUUCCUGGUGUUACCCAGGAGCGAUUAGCUGAAGGUCUCUCUCCCAGGCAUUGUGCUUUAUCACUAGUCGGUGAACCUAUAAUGUAUCCUGAGAUUAACACUCUUGUUGAUGAACUACAUAAAAGGAGAAUAUCAACUUUCCUAGUGACAAAUGCUCAGUUCCCAGACAAAAUAAAAAUGCUCAAACCUAUCACUCAGUUAUAUGUAAGUGUAGAUGCUGCAACAAAAGAAAGUCUGAAAGCAGUUGAUAGACCACUCUUUGGAGACUUCUGGGAGCGGUUCACUGAUUCGUUGACAGCUCUGAGGGAUAAACAUCAGCGAACUGUGUACCGUUUGACACUGGUCAAAGGGUGGAACACAGAGGAGUUAGAUGCUUACUUUGAGCUAUUCAGCCUUGGGCAGCCCGAUUUUGUCGAAAUCAAAGGCGUCACUUACUGUGGAUCGUCUGCAACAUCAAAACUGACGAUGGAGAAUGUGCCGUGGCAUGCUGAUGUGAAGGCCUUCUCAGAGGCAAUAGCACUGAAGAGCGAAGGGGAGUACGAAGUUGCUUGUGAGCACGCCCACUCGUGUUGUGUCCUGCUGGCUAAAACUGACAGGUUUAAAGUGAAUGGACAGUGGUUUACCUGGAUAGACUACGAGAAAUUCCAUGAUCUGGUUGCUUCUGGGAAAUCCUUCGACAGUACGGAUUACAUGGCUGCAACACCUUCAUGGGCUGUAUAUGGCGCUGACGAAGGUGGAUUUGAUCCCGAUCAAGCUCGAUAUAGGAAAGAGCGGAAUCAUAGACCAAAGCCCUGAUCGACCAGGUUAGAGAGUUAGAGUCUCUGCUUUUCGUUUCUUCUCUCUUUUCUUUCUGUCAGGGAUAGUAAACUAUAACAAAAUUACAAACGAGCCCGGAGGCAGCAAACAAGGGACUCGAACAAGGCCUUUUGGCGGUGAUUCUCGUCACGAUUGAAUUAUUUAUAAACAUACAAUAUCCUGUUUUACCCAGUUUGGUGGUUGAAGAGUUGCGGAAUUUCUGUACUCAUUUGUGGUGUGUUAGAGAUUUGUGGUGUGUUAGAGAGUGAUAUAAAAUUCAUAAUAAUUUAACUGGUUUAUGAUAUGGUUUGAGAGUCUGAUUUGACCAAGUGAUUGUAUGUUCGAAUCUUCACGUCUCCAAUAUUAACCGUUGAUUAAAGCUAAAGUUAUGGUAAGUCUGUGCAAAUUUCAAGUUCAUGAGUUGGCUUUUGAUAGAGAGGGCGUGAUAGAGAGUGAUAUAAGAUUCAUCAUAACUUUCCGUGAUGAUAAAGCUGGCUUAGUAAUAGCUUGGUUCUUUGAUCAUUAAGACUCUACUCAUCGGCUCUGGACCGAGUCACAUUAUCAUCCAAUGAAGGGAAAACCAAUUUGAUUGGGCAGAAAUCCCAGUACACAGUGAUUCUCUCGGUCAUCGUUGUAGGGUGGAGACAAGUAGGGAUGUUAAUCGGUAUGGUGUCGGUUGACCACUAAUUGAUACGACGGUUAGUGUUUAAUUCAAAAAGUAAAAAAAACUCAUGCCUAUAACCGAACCGAUAAGCCUUAUUAACUAACCAUCUUUUAUCGGUUCGGUUAGAGAUUAGUUUGACGGUUAACCAAUAAUCACUCUCAAGGAACUACAAAUAUAGAAUCAAUCACUCCUAAUUAUUAAUUAAGGAAAUAUAUAACAAUGAGUAAAUACUUAAUAAAAUCUUGUUCAUGUCUGAAAUAGGAGGAGGGAGGUCCAUCAAAGAUCGAACAUUAUCUAUGGAGGCGGAGGGCUCGUCGAAGGUGUUGUAAUUCGUCGCUGCCGCCGCCUUAUCACCACCGGAGGAUGACGACGACGACGUUCCCACAAUGUGUUGAAUCAGCAUCGAGGCGCACCUGUAGGCUAUCCAGACGACGCUGCAUCAACAGGCCGACGAGGGCAUCUUUCACCUCAAGACCCGGAACGGCGUCCCAGUACUUGAGGUGAACGUACAACGUCAUCUUCGCCGACGUCAACAAAUCGAUCAGGUCCGUUGCGCACGACGACGGGGGAUUGUGGCCGCAACCAAAACGAUCAUGAGAAGAUAGAUGGCUCGCUAGCAGAGCCGCCACCAGGACGAGAACAUCCAGCAGCAACAGUCUCGUUUACCAUGAAAAUCCAGCGGCGAACUGGUAGAUGGCCAUAACCAAGCAUCCAGCCCAAACGUACUGAAUUUGAGGCUGGGAAGCUGCUGACAUAUUUCAGCCAUGCUUUUGUUCGCUGUGCAUGUUGUUUGCUGAUUUCUUGGCUUGUUCUCUUCGUUCCUGAAGUUUGCUGUGUCUCAUCAGUUUCCACCAAUCCUAACCUCGUAGCCAUUAAGGAAAAGUUAUAAUGAUUGAUUUGGGUUAUGGUCUCUGAACUAUGCCCUAAAGGGUAAUACAAUCUUUGCUUUCUGCACAGUGGCGAAGUCAGAAGUAUGAAUGAAGGGGUGGAAAUAAAAUAAAAAUAAAAAA